AUGGCGUCGCUCGCUAGACCUUUCCUCACCCCGUCGCAUUCGACCAGUGUUCCUCUCUUCCUGGCUCCCGCCUUCGCUCGCCCAUUCCCCAUUUCAUUAUCCGCAACAGCACAGUUCUCGACCUCAACCCCGAACCAACGUGCUUCGGCGACAAGGAAGCAAGCUGGCAUUAAAGCCGCAACAUCAGGGAAACCGAAUUGGGCUUUGAAGGCACGGCCCAAGAUCGACCGCAACAAGAAGAGAGGCGUGAGCGCAAUCCGCCGGACAGGACCGAGAAGCACGCGCGGACUAUGGAACUACCCAUUGCCGGUACCCGUGGCGAGAGAUCAUCGGGGCACGAAUCCAGAGUAUGUUGAGUCGCAGGACCACGGCCUCUGGGGAUUCUUCGAUCAGAGCAAGCAGGCACUGCUGGAUCCAGAGCAGGAGUCCAGCCACGGUCGCCCGUGGGAGUACAAGGAACUGUCCCUGAAAUCCUUUGACGACCUCCACAAACUCUACUGGGUAUGCGUAAAGGAGCUGAAUCGGAGCCUUACGCGAGAUAAAGAACGUACACGCCUCAGGGCAGGUUUUGGUGAUGUGGAACAUCAAGAGAGAAUCAAUGUCGUGAGUUUCCCUUCCUCUUCUGGUCUGCACAUUGUGCUAGGGAAAAUCCAAUGA